AUGACAUCAACCCUCACAAGAUUCACAGGGCAUUCCAUCUCCCCGCUUGAGACCACAGUCCUCCUCGUCACCAUUGGGGAGGAGCCGAGGGCGAUGACGAUAAUGACCACCUUCAUGGUAGUCGAUCUGCCCUCGACCUACAACAUCAUCCUCGGCCGCCCAACACUCAACAAGAUAAAGGCAGUGGUUUCCACCUACCACAGGACCAUCAAGUUUUCGACCUCGGCAGGGAUUGGGGAGGCCCGAAGUGACCCAGGGGAGUCAAGGCGAUGCUACCUCACCGCGGUUACUCUCCCAGGAAAGCUACGCCCAACUCCGGUUCCCGAUCCCCGAUCCCCAUGA